GGAGGUGAAGCUGCUGGAAGAGUUUGGAAACAAACUGGCGAUCAGCUGAAUGAGUGUCAAUCCUCUGGCAGACAGACUGAGAUUGUUGACGGCUCAGUGAUGAGGAUGAUGAUGAUGAUGAAGAGUGCGAUGAUCUUCAUCCUGACGGCGUCAGAGAGCAGCGCGAGGAUCCACCAGCUCAAGCUCAAGAAUGAGACGCGGUUUCUGGUCCAUUUGAACUCGUUGGGUUAUUUUGCAAAUGGCACUCUGGAGCUCCAUCUCGCGUCUCUGAAGCUGCGGCAGGAGAAGGGUGGCUCCGGGAAGCUGCCAUGAACCUAGAGAAGUUAAAGCUCUUCAGACAUUACUGUGUGAUGAUCGUGUGUUAUAUCUACUUCACGCGGAUCAUCGCGAUACUGCUGAAGCUCACGGUGCCGUGGCAGUGGUGUCAGGAGUUUUUAGUGGAGGUUUCUACUCUGAUCUUCUUCGUCUUGACGGGAUUCAAGUUCCGUCCGGCAUCAAAUAACCCGUAUCUACAGCUGCCUCAGGACGAGGAGGACCUGGAGAUGGAUGAAGUUAUAACAGAAUCGGGAGCGCUGGAGGGCAUCCACAAGGGACAAGAGAGAGGUUGCGUUGUGAGUGUCAUAUCAAAGAGGGCGGAGCCUGGACUCUCAAACUCCUCCCCUUCCUGAGGUUGUUGUCACGGUAACCACAGACAGACUCACUAUGCAAGUGGAAAAUACGGAAUGGAAAAAAACGUGUGAGAAUAAAGCGCAGCAGACACGAUUUCCGUGAGAAUUAGCUGAUUUUCCCGUACGGACUCUGGGAUGGCGGUGACACGGACUGAAUCUCUUGCUUUGGUUUACAGUAAUGAUGUGGUCACUCUGCUCUAUACGUUAAUUUGUUCGCUCAUUUAUUCCUUCAUUCCAAAGAUGUACAAUCAUUAUACUGGAUGUGUGACGAUAAUUUGAUUUGUUUGAUUUUAGCCUUCUUUUAUUUCCUAAUGUCUUUAUUAUUUAACCGAAGCAGUUUGAUGCUGUUGUUUGUAUAUCAUGGUUUUUUCUGUUAAUUUUUGAUCCGACGUCUGGAAGCGAUUCUUCUCUAACAGAACCUUAAAACUAGCGUAAAUACGGCGCACUGUAACAGAUAAGACAGUGCUUCGUAAAACAGGUUGGUUAUCGUGACACCGUCACCAGGUAAGCGAAAGAUUUAGAGAACGUUCAUCAUGUGUCCUUUUCCUCAGAUGGAUAUAUUAAAGAUUUUUAUAAAAAAAAAUUCUGGUGUUGUAAAUUUCUUUAAAGCGCACUGGACUUAAUGUUUAUGUUCUGUCCUGGAUGAAGCUGGGUGUUCCUGAGAGGUUCCCAAAACAAUGUUAUCAGUCAUGCGACACACCAAUAACAAUUUUUGUCUUUUGCUUCUUUGGAAAAGGUUGCGCUUUAUUUUGUGAUAUUUUACUCAUGGCUCCAUCUACUCUGUAAUAGUCCCUCCUUUAUUUAACAACUAUAAAUAUUGAUAUACAGUUAUAAAUGAAGGACUAACCACUGCUACACCGUGUAUUACUAACGCCACAACUGCAUCGCGACCGUUAAAACUAACGGUCCACACUGAAAGCGCGGGAAGCUUCGCAGCAGUUUAGAUUUGAAAACCUCUCCAGAAUGCCUCCAGUUUCCCCCUCAGUGCUUUUAAACUGGCUAAUAUUUCCACAAGCUGUCAGAGAAAU